AUGGCUUCAGCGUCGGCGGCGGUGCGAACAUUGUUCGUGAGCGGUUUACCCAUGGAUGCAAAGCCGCGUGAGCUCUAUUUACUGUUUCGAGCAUACGAGGGUUAUGAAGGCUCCUUGUUAAAGGUUACGAGCAAGAAUGGGAAAACAGCUUCACCCGUUGGUUUCGUCACGUUCCACACCAGAGCCGGCGCGGAAGCAGCUAAACAAGAUCUUCAGCAGGGCGUCCGGUUCGACCCCGACAUGCCGCAAACGAUUCGGCUGGAGUUCGCUAAAAGCAACACGAAGGUCAGCAAGCCGAAGCCGGCAGUUGCCACAGCCGCGCCAGCUGCACACCCCGCAUUGAUGCACCCACUCACUGGACAUCUAGCGAGUCCAUUCUUCCCGGGUGGGGGUGCGGAGCUAUGGCAUCACCCAUUGGCUUAUGGCGCUGCCGCCGAUAGGCCACACCACACCCCCCUGACGUUGGGCGCGUGUGUACUCCCGGCACCAGCACUGGGGUCGCCGGGAGCUGCGGUACCUCAGCACGGUCCUGCCGGCCAUCCCGCGCAUCCUGCGCCUCCCUGCUCUACGCUCUUCGUCGCAAACCUCGGGCAGUUCGUCUCAGAGCACGAACUUAAGGAAAUAUUCAGCAGCUGCCCGGGGUUCUCUCGGCUCCGAUUGCUGAGCGGCGGCAGCGGAGGCGGGAGCACCGGCCCAGUGGCUUUCGUCGACUUCGCUAACCCAUCGGACGCGGCUACAGCCAUGGCUCGCCUCCAGGGCGCGCUGCUUCUUAGCUCUGAGGGCGCCAUCCACCUCGAAUACGCGAGGCAUAAGAUGGCACACAACGGCUGGAUUCUCGCACAUGAAGGAGCCAAAAGCGGAGAAGAGGCCGAACAGCAUUAG